GAAAUUGCUUGCUCUGCAAAUGCGAUGGAAGCCUAAAGAAAAACAAGAAGACAACUUCAGUCAGCUGCUUACUGAAACCUCCGUAUAAACCCCAUCUUCCCCAUUUGUUUCUCUCUGUAAAACCCCAAAAAUCAAACACCAAUGAGUUCCCCAACUCCAGGAUAUCCUCCAUUGAAUCCUUCUCAACUAAUCCAAACAAUCACCACUCUUCUCUCUUCCUCCAAAUCCCUCCCCAAAUCCACUCUCAAAUCCUACCUCCCUCACCUCACCCUUCCCAUUAUCCACUCCAUUCUCUCCUCCCCUACCCUCUCUUCUCACCCCACCACCCUCUUCUCCUUCUUCCAAUGGUCUCAAUCCCACAUACCCUCUCUCUCCACCCACCCCCUCCCUUUUCCUGCCCUCCCCUCUCUCUUAUCCUCCCUCUUAUCCCAUCGCAAAUUCAAGAUUGCCAAAUCCCUUCUCCUUAACUUUAUCCCUUCUGAUCACCCCCAACACCUUCUCCACCGUCACCUCCUUCACCCCAUUUCCUCUUUCCCUCAACCCUCAAGGGAUUUGUUGGAUACUGCUAUUGGUUCUUAUUGCCAGUGUGAACAACCCCAUCUUGCUCUUCAGAUUUUCAAGAAAAUGAAACGCCUUCGAAUGUGCCCGAAUUUGCUGACUUUUAAUACUUUGAUUAAUGCAUUGGUAAAGUACCCUUCUACUCACUCUGUUGAUUUGUGUAAUGAGCUGUUCAAUGAUGUGCUUAAGCUUGGUUUGGCUCCGAAUACGAAUACUUUCAAUAUUUUGAUUAGAGGGUAUUGUUUAGUUUACAAGUUUAAGGAUGCUAAUGGCUUGUUGAAUAGAAUGAGUGAGUUUGGUUGCGUGCCAGAUAAUGUGAGUUAUAAUACUUUAUUGGAUGGAUUGUGCAAGAAAGGUAGGUUGAAUGAUGUUAGGGAUUUGUUAUUGGAUAUGAAGGGUAAAGGUCUCGUGCCAAACAAGAAUACGUAUAAUAUUUUGGUACAUGGUUAUUGUAAAAUGGGGUGGUUGAAGGACGCUGCUCAGGUCGUCGAGCUGAUGACUCAGAACAAUACAUUGCCUGAUCUUUGGACAUAUAAUAUGUUGAUUGAUGGUCUGUGUAAUGAAGGAAGGAUCGAUGAUGCCUUUAAGCUUCGGGAUGAGAUGGUAGGGUUGAAAUUGUUGCCUGAUGUGAAAACUUAUAACACCUUGAUUAAUGGGUGUCUUGAUAAUAAGAGAAGUUCAGAGGCCUUUGAUCUGCUUGAAGAAAUGAAUAAGAAAGGGAUCAAAUGUGAUGAAUUUACUUAUAAUACAUUAAUUAAAUGGUAUUGCAAGGAAGGGAAGGUGGAAAAAGCUCGAGCGGUGAUUCAAAGGAUGGAGGAAGGUGGUUUAUGUCCAGAUUGCGUUUCCUACAAUACUUUGAUAAGUGCAUACUGUAAAGCAGGAAAUCUACCAGAGGUUUUGAGGAUAAUGAAACGAAUGGGUGAAAAAGGUUUGAAAAUGGAUAAUUUUUCUCUCAAUACAAUGCUUCAUACUCUUUGUCAAGAAAGGAAGCUUGAUGAGGCCUACGAGUUGCUCUCUGGUGCUCAUACCAGGGGUUAUCUUGUCGAUGCAGUAAGUUAUGGCACUCUUAUUGCUGGGUACUUUAGGUGUGGAAAUAUGGAAAGAGCUCUUAAGCUUUGGGAUGAGAUGAAAGAGAGAGAGGUAAUUCCCACUAUUAUCACAUACAACAUCAUAAUUGGAGGGCUCUGUAAAUCAGGUAAAACUCAGCUGGCAAUCGCUAAACUGAACGAACUUUUAGAGAAGGGCAUAGUGCCUAAUGAAAUAACAUACAAUACUAUUAUUCAUGGAUACUGCUGGGAGGGGAACAUUGAGAAAGCAUUUCAAUUUCACAACAAAAUGGUGGAGAAUUCUUUUAAGCCUGAUGUAUAUACGUGCAACAUUCUUCUUCGGGGACUUUGUAGGGAAGGUAUGCUUGAAAAAGCCAUUAAGCUAUUUAAUACGUGGAUUGAUAAAGGGAAGACCAUUGAUGUAGUAACUUAUAACACCUUGAUUACGGCUCUUUGUAAAGAUCAAAGACUUGAGGAUGCUCUAGGCCUUGUUGCUGAAAUGGAAGAGAAAAAUGUCCAACGUGAUAAGUACACACAUAAUGCUAUUAUUGGUGCACUUACUGAUGCUGGAAGGCUUAAGGAAGCAGAAGAAUUUUUGUCAAAUAUGACAGAGAGAGAAAGACCAUCUGAACAGCGGCCACAAAUGGAUAACAGGGAACAUGAACUCACAGCUGAAUCUUCACAUGAACUAGAUCCAAGUUCAACUGCUUAUUCACAGCAGAUUGAUGAGCUUUGUGCAGAGGGAAGAUAUAAAGAUGCGAUGCUUAUCUAUACAGAACUUACUCAGAGAGGUAUUGUUCUACAGAAGUCUACUUAUUUCACUCUGAUAAAAGGACUGAUCAAGAGGAGAAAAAGUGUAUCAAAGACAGGUUGAUAAUGGCACCGAAAGUGUAAAUUCUUGCUGUCAUACCCCUUGACUCUGGCUGAGAAUGAUGACUUCAGUAUCCAUCACAUACAAUCAUGCCCGGUAUGCAACACUGCAAUGAUCCUAGGCUGGUGAACCAUUCACCUUUCCCCAUCAGAUUGGCAUUUGACUGUAUAUUCACUCCUGUGAUCCGAUUAUCCACAGUUCUCUUUUCUAACUUUGAUCACCAAUGUUGACCUUUUUCAUGUUUGGAAGCUUUUAAUGGAUUAAGGGGUAGCAAAUUGGAAGAUGUUGCAUGGCUAAAAGAUGAAGUCUUGAUGAUACAAUUCUGACAAACUCUUUUUAGAAGGAAAAAAAGAAGGAAAAAGAACCACCUUCCUGCUAUAACUUUGAGGAUGCAAAUGGUGAUUAUCUCAAUUCCACUGGAUCAGAGGAAUGUUUAAGUCUACCGAACUUGUGAUCGAGGAAAUUAUAGAGAAAAGACAGCAGCAACAGUCUUGGAAAAUGUUUAAAUUCGAUGUUACUGAUCUAUUACCUAAAGAGCUCUCAGCCAUUCACUAUUGCCAGGGGAAUUCUUUCUUAAAUUUACGGUGCUCGACCAUAUAAAGGAUUGUAGACAUCAUUCUUGUCAAGCAGACUCCACUAUCUCAGCCACAUGAAAUCCUGUAAGUGUGUUCUCUGGGGCUAUCCCAAUUGGUAAGGGAUAAUAUUGGAGUACUUUACUGGAAGAUUUUGAGUCUUUUAAUAAACAUGCAAUACUCUUUACUUAAUGUAACAUUUUUAGGGGUUACUCCUGAAGCAUUUUAUACUCAAAUUCGAGAUGUUUUCUC